GACAACCCUAACAGCUGCUCCGAGAGAACGACAACAUGCGGAAGUAAAAGCUUUCCAGGUCAAGGCUAACGUAAACGUAUGUAGCUGCGCACAUCUUUUGGUAAGAACCGUCAGUGAUAAGUGCCAGAAAAAAAGACCAAAAAAUUCAUCCACAAACUUUUACAUAACAUUACUCGCUCACUAUGGUAGAGGAGAAGGAUGUUGUCCAGGGGGAGAAACUAAAACCAGUGACUCAUUGCAUCUUUGAUCUGGAUGGAUUGUUGUUGGACACCGAGACAAUUUACGAGGAGGUCACUGCAGAAAUUGCGGCCAAGUAUGGCAAAACCUAUACGGUGGACACUAGAUUUCGUGUGAUGGGCACUACCUAUAGACGUUCUGCCGAAAUAGUCAUCGAGGAAUGCGAGCUGCCCAUCACAGUGGAUGAAUAUCUGGAUCAGUAUAUGCGAAUGUGCGCCGAGCGUGUACUUACUGUUCCCUUGCUUGAAGGUGCCGAAAGGCUUUUGCGUCAUUUACACGCAACUAAGAUACCAUUCGCUUUGGGCACUAGUUCGGGGGCUGAAAUGGUCCAACUAAAGACAACAAAUCAUCGUGAGUUGUUUACCCUGUUCGAUCAUCUUGUCUGUGGCUCUACCGAUAAGGAUGUAAAGAAUGGCAAGCCAGCUCCAGAUAUAUUCCUAAUUGCCGCCAGUCGUUUUAAGGAUCCACCAGCUCCAGAGAAAUGCUUAGUUUUUGAGGAUUCACCCAAUGGUGUUCAAGCUGGUCUAAAUGCUGGCAUGCAGACUGUAAUGGUUCCCGAUUCCCGUCUCUCUACAGAUUCCUGCUUGCAUUCGACUCAAGUAAUAACCUCCCUCAAGAAUUUUAAACCAGAACAAUUUGGUUUACCACCAUUUACCGAUUGAAUUUACUAUUGGAUUAUAGUAGCCGACCUAAGAAGCUUACAUAUAUAGAAAAUUGAUAUUAAAUGCAUGUAUUUUGGCAAAGUUUAAAAUAAAAAUUGCAAAUAUUUAGAAAUUAA